AAUAGAACAUAGAACUAGUUCACAUGCAACUCAGAAACUCAGAACUGAACCGAACCUCGUAGCUCUUAAACUGUGUCAACAAUACGAAGAUGCCAUUGAUUCUUUGUCCAUGUAAGUCUCUCUGCUUUCCCAAUUGGACUUUACCUCUUAGCCAUGUCACUGCUUUUCGCAACAAUUUCCAUAGAAACCCCAUGAAACUCCCAUAUACAGAACGCGAUAAAUUUUCAAUUUUGAGAGCUGCCCAUGUUGAAUUUUCCUCGAUGAGUGAGAAAUUUGAUGGCUUUUCUAGUAAUCAGUCAUCUCACGAAGCUCUUGAUGGUGAAGGGACCCAAGACCAAGAGCAUGCUAAGCUUGAGUUGCGCCACAAGCCUUCACCAACUACUGCAAAAAAUGAGGUUGUUAGGGAAUCAGAGAGAGGUUCUAAAGAAGAUGAAGCUUUGUCGCCAUUUUUGAAGUUUUUCAAAGGGAAUGGUUCUGUGGAGGAGAGAAAAGAAAAUGGUGGGCUGUUAGAAGUUUCUAAGGAAAGAGAUGAUAUGGUUGAUGAGAGUGAAGAAGUUAAGAAGGAUAAUGCUGAGUAUUAUGAACCAAAACCUGGGGAUUUUGUGAUAGGAGUUGUUGUUUCGGGUAACGAAAGCAAGCUCAAUGUCAAUGUGGGUGCAGAAUUACUAGCUACAAUGUUGACAAAGGAGGUGCUUCCCUUGAAUACUAGAGAAAUGGAACACUUGCUAUUUGAUUUGGAAAAGGAUGAACAGAAUUUUAAUGUUCAGGGUAGGAUGGGAAUUCUGAAGAAUGAAGAUGCAAUCAAUGGGAUUCCGGUUACACAGGUUGGAACUGUUGUGUUUGCUGAGGUUCUUGGUAGAACACUUACUGAUAGGGCUUUGCUUUCUAGCAGAAGGCUCUUCCGCCGCAUCGCCUGGCAUCGACUGAGGCAGAUAAAACAGUAUGGCGAACCUAUAGAGGUUAGAAUCACAGAGUGGAAUACCAGGGGCCUGCUAACAAGGAUUGAGGGCUUGCGGGCUUUCCUACCUAAAGCUGAGCUUAUGAAAAGAGUAAAUAAUGUUAGUGAAUUAAAAGAAAAUGUGGGACGAUGUAUAUAUGUACAAAUUACUCAAGUAGAUGAAGCCACAACCAAUUUGGUACUUAGUGAGAGGGAAGCUUGGGAAAAGAUAUACCUUCAAGAAGGAACACUUCUAGAAGGUACUGUGAACAAGAUCCUUCCUUAUGGAGCCCAAAUAAGGAUAGGAGAAACAAAUAGAUGUGGAUUGCUGCAUGUUUCAAAUAUCACUCGAGCCGAGAUUAGUUCUGUUAGUGACAUACUUUCUGUUGAUGAGAAGUUGAAAGUUCUGGUGGUGAAGUCAACGGCUCCUGAUAAAAUCUCCUUGAGCAUUGCAGACCUUGAAAGUGAACCUGGCCUAUUUCUCUCAGAUAAACAGAGAGUGUUUUUGGAGGCUGAUAUGAUGGCAAAGAAAUACAAAGAGAACAUACAUCACAAUCAUCAUAUCAUCCAAGAAUCAGAGCCCCUCCCAAAUAGUGUCCUCCCUUUUGAGAAUGAAACACUUUAUGCCAACUGGAAGUGGGUCAGGUUUGAGAAAUAAUAAUGAAAACUAGCUCACCUUCAAAGCAUAGUUAUUGAUAGGCAUGCUCAAUCGUAUUAAUGAUGGACCUUAAGCAAGCACGCCAUUUUCAAUGGCAGUGUAACAGAGACACUUUUCCUUACAACAAAGCAUCAUGGGCCCCAAUUUAAGAGGCUUCUGACGCAGCCCUGAACCGCUUAAAUUUCUCCGAAUUUCUUGCCCUAGCUUUUCGGCUUAUCAUUUUAUGAUUUAUUUUUCCAAACCAUAUGUAAAUUUUGAUGAGUGUAAUUACAUUUGUAUACCAGAAAUGAU